AAGAUAAAAAGUGCCUGGAAGGUUCCAGGAGCCACUGGCCUGCACUUAGAGCCCCAGGCCCCAGUUUCCCUGCGCUAGUCCUUGGACCUAGUGGCAUCCUCUUGACAUGAGUGCUGCUGCGGUGUUUCGAGGUCUCCGGCCCAGCCCUGAGCUGCUGCUUCUGGGCCUGUUGUUUCUGCCAGCCGUGGUUGCCGUCACCAGCGCUAGUCCUGAAGGAAGCGAUGGACGUCUUAACUGCAUGUGUGUGAAGACCGUCUCCUCUGGGGUCCAUCCCAAGCACAUCACCAGCCUGGAGGUGAUCAAGGCAGGACGCCACUGCGCGGUUCCCCAGCUCAUAGCCACCUUGAAGAAUGGGAUGAAAUUUUGCCUGGAUAGGCAAGCACCCUUAUACAAGAAAGUAGUCAGGAAACUACUGGAGAGCCAGGUGCUAACUGCCUGAGUCUGCAAAGUGUCACAUGGGGGACUGGACUUUUGUCUACUUUUAACGUAACUGCGAUCUUCGGAGUAUGUUAUUCUUCAAGACUUAAAUAAAUGCAUAGAACCAA